AUGGGCACCCUGGGCAUCUUCUGCAUGAGCCGCAGCCCCCAGGUCAGCGCAGGUGCCUCGGAGGGCCUGCACUACCUCUUCAAGGCCCCGCCCUCACGGCGGCUCUGCUCAGGUCAGAAGCACAAGACGGAGCUGAUCCUGAAGGACCUGCAGAAGCACUUCCGUGGGGAGUGGCUGGUCUACAUCGAGGACCUCACCAUGUUCUUCAGGGAGUUCCUGACGCCGGAGGAGAGGAUGGACGCAAUCAUGGUGUUCAUGGAGGCCAUGACCAGCGCCAAGGAGGACCAUGUCAGGGCGGCAUCCAAGAUCCUGACGAUGAUCCUGAGGUCCUCGAUGCCGGAGAUCGGCAAGGUCCCGGAAAUCGUGGAAUUCAUCUACCACAACAUGAACCGAAUCACCGAGGCCACCGCCCAGGAGACCAUGAGGAAGGUCCUCCAGCGCCUGGCCCAGGCCUACGCCGAUGACGUCAUCCUGACGUUGCUCAAGGUGCAGGACCAGUCCUACAGCAAGGGGAACCGCAAACCCUGGGAGAUCCUGGCGGCGAUCCCGCAGAGCUACGUGAUGAUCAUGGAGCACCUGCUGCAGAGGCUGACGCUGCCCCUGAAGCGCAGGGCCCCCGAGGCCAGCGACAGGACACAGAUCUCCCCGCUGAUCGCCACCAGGGCCAUCCACGAGCUGCUGCUGGAGCCCAGCCGGCGGACGGAGGUGCAGGUGCUGUUCCCGCCGCUGUUCAUGGCGCUGCUGAUCCAGACGUCCUUCCUGGUGGUGCAGGGCGGGGCCGGGGCCGCCCAGAGCGACCAGAACGUCACCAAGUGGACGGACCCCGUCAGACCCGUCUGCUUCCCGUCCCUCCCCAGCUCCACCGUCGAGGCCCUGAAGGCCCUCGUGUGGGGCGCGGGCUACGGGGAGCUGGUGUCCGCCGUGCAGACCCUGGGCGGCUGGGGGCUGCUCACCAGCCCCGAGAGGCACUAUGAGGGCGUCACUGUGCUGGCCAGGGCCAUGGUGAGCAAGGAGUGCUGGCACAAUCGCCCGGUGUUCAGCCUCAUCAUCCAGAUGCUCCAGGAGCAGGACUACAAGGACCACCGCACAGCCCUCGAGCUGCUGCCGGAGCUGCUCCGGAGCCGGGACGUGGCGGCUGCCGUGGACGAGGCCGCCACCCGCGUGCUGGCCAGCUGGUUCCCGCGCGGGGAGCCGGCCACCGUGAUGCUGCUGCUGCGGGCGGCCGAGACCUUCACGCUGCACGGGGACCUGGCCCCGCGGCUGAGCCUCCUGCAGCCCCAGGUGCUCCGCUGCCUGCACGCGGAGGACCCCGGGGUGCUCCGCGAGGCCUUCCGGGUGCUGCGGGCCCUGGUGGAGCACUGCGCCCGCCGGAGGGCCCCCUCCUUCCUGGUGCAGCUGGUCGUCUCGCUGCGGCCCCUCUUCGAGGCGGUACGGCCCCUGCCCUCCCCCCGCCCGCCCCCACGGCUCGUCCCAGCUCCGGGCGGCUGGGGAGGGCAGGAGGGGGUUGAGAGGAAUGAUCUGGAAGGCCCUGCUGCUUGGCUGCCAUUCUCUGGGGGCUGA